ACACCCGGACUGCCCGGAGCGGCGGCUGCUCCGCGUCCUCCUCUUUCCUGGCUCCCGCUGCUCCUGCUUCGGCUCCGGAUCCCUCGGCUUCGGCUCUUCACUGUACAAGUAAGCAACUACAGAGAGGAGACAAAGACAGAUUGCUUGCAUAAGAGGAUCUUCAGUUAAGAAAGAACAGUCGACCAAAGUGUGGGACAGAUCCAUGGAUUUGUUGAUGACUUUCACGUGGAUUAUAAUUUAGCCUGUGGCGAUCUGCUGUGGUCCGUAGGAGAACAGACCAUCCACCUUUCUGCUGCUUUUCUGUUCAAGCUGAAAUCCUAAGCACACACAGAAGCCAUCUUGCAACAUGAAGCCACCUGGCAUGCGGGAAGAAGAUGCCACUUAAUCCAUAUGACUGUGGAGAAAAAUCUGAAAAAUUCUUUCCCCCUUCAUUUCAUUCUUCACCCUCCAAAUUGCCAACAACAAAAAGAUUGGGGGAGAGGUUUCUGUGGGAAGGAGGAAGAAAAAAAUCUCCAAAGGUUAUCCAAAAUAUUGCAGAGGCACCUGUUGUAUAUGAAACUGCAGGACGUGUUGUAAUGGCCUUGGAAGCGCACUGAAGACGGACCUUGCCCCCUCCCCGCCAUCAUUUGUGAUUGGUACUGUUAGUAUUGUGGCGGUGCGUUGUUUUCCACCGUGAGUGGGCUUGCUGCUUUAUCUGGUCUCCUCUUUGUUAAGAAAAAAGAUGUCCGAAACUGGCUCUCAUCAAGACGCCAGUUCCAAGCCAGGCCUAUUGGAAAAAAACAAGAACCCAGAUGACUCUCAGCCGUCAGUCAAUUCAGAAAGGAGGAACAAAAGUGGGAUAAUAAGCGAACCUUUGAACAAAAGUCUUAAGAAGUCUCGACCACUCUCCCACUACUCCACUUUUGGUAGCACCAGCUCAUUAAGUGAACAUUCUGAGAAAGGUGCCCCCGUCGCCAACGGCAAUGAAGCAACUAUGGAUAAAAGCAAUUCUACCUCAAAGCACAAAAGCAUCUCCGACAUGCUGAGCAAAUCAGAUAUUUCUGCAGAAGGACAGAGCAUCUUGCAACAGUUUGCUCAGUCGACAGAGCUGCUCAAAAGAGUAGUCCAGGAGCACAUUCCCCUGCCUAAUGACCACGGGACGGGCAUCUCAGACAUGGAAGCCGUCUCGGCUGCAGAGACAAUGAACAGCCCAUCUGAUUUUCCUUACCUGGGGGCUUUUCCUAUCAACCCUGGCCUUUUCAUUAUGACCCCUGCUGGCGUAUUUCUGGCAGAGAGCGCACUCCAUAUGGCUGGCUUAGCAGAGUACCCAAUGCAGAACGAAUUGGCAUCUGCCAUCAAUUCAGGGAAAAAGAAACGGAAACGGUGUGGCAUGUGUCCUCCUUGCAGAAGACGGAUAAAUUGCGAGCAGUGCAGCAGUUGUAGGAACCGUAAAACUGGGCACCAGAUUUGCAAAUUCCGAAAAUGUGAGGAACUUAAAAAGAAGCCUUCUGCUGCACUGGAGAAAGUGAUGCUUCCUACAGGCGCUGCAUUCCGGUGGUUUCAGUAGGAACAAGAAUCCCAAAGCUCUGUCAUCCAGUGCAAUGUCACUGCUUGCUUGUGUUGUCUCAGGCAAGGCCUUUUUUGGGCGGAAAUGAAUGGAUGCGCCUGUGUCUCCUUUAGAACCAAAAAAAUUUUCUCGCAGAUUUCAUUCCUGUUUUUAUAAUUUUUUUGGCAUUUGUUUUAACAUCUUCGAGUACUAGUAAAAAACAAACAUUAACUGCUUUUCAAAUAAUUUUUUUAAAAGAAUCCAUAAAGUAACAAGACAUUAUAGAGUAUGGACAAUCAAUUUAUUUUCCUGUGUUUUGGUGUUGAUGUUGUUUAUGUGUGGAAGAUGCAGUUUUUGUGUAGAGAAUGUAAAUUUACAGUAACCUUUUAAAUCUAGUUACUAAUAAGCACUACUGUAAUUAGCACAGCUGUUUAUUCAUUCAUAUUUUUGUUUGAUUAAUUUCCAUCAUUAAAGAAAAAUAGUGUGGCUAGUUUCUAGAAUCGCUCAACUUAAUGUUUAUAAAUGAGAAUAUGUUUAAAAUAAGGUAGUUUCCCUUUCCCUAACAUACACAUAAGAUUAAGGUUUAAUCAGCAAAAUGUUUGGUAUGAAAAAGUGGAAAUGUACUGCAAAACUGGCAAGUUUUUAAAGCAAAGCAAAAUAAUAAUUAAGUUUAGACCAAGAAGAACUGCACACUAGAAUAAACCUGGAAUUAACUGCAAUUAUUCUCUUUUAGAAAAACAUUACUGGAAUUCAGAUAUAAAGCUAUUGCAGAACCCCUGUUGGAAACAUAUAUGAGUCUUUUUCUUCUGUUCAAAGCCCUUGUUUCCCUGCUUUCUGACCAUCACUAACUGAAAGGCUGUUUGUAAUGUUCUAGCGAUUCAGGCUGUUUUGUGAAUAAAAAUGAAAGCAUGUUUUGUG